UGCACCUUUCCAAAUACAGAUAACUCUUUCUCUGACACGUACAAUGACACACAUGUAAUAAUAUGCACCCAUAGCAAACACACACUACAUUAGUGAGCAGCAAGUUUGUUUCUGUUUCCCGCCACUCGGUCUAAUGAUGGUCCCAGUAAUUGUAGUGGGAGCUGAUGAUCGAGUGCUCCUGGUCCUGUGGAGGUAGUGAACCAUCUUCUCAAAUGACUCCAUCACGUUAUCUCCUGUCUUGGCAGAGGUGAAAAAACUGAGCUGGGUCCCGAGGAUGUCACAACGGGCCCUAAUACUCUCAUGUUCCACCUCCAACGGAAGGUCAGACUUGUUGCCAACCAGAGCAAACACAAAGGAGUCCAUGUCCACCACGUCUGCCGCACUCUCAACCCAUUCCUGCAAGUUCUCAAACGUGUAGCGGUCCUCUACACUGUACAUCAAGAUGGCUGCGUCAGCGUGUCGGUAGAAAUUGGCAGUCAGUGUCCGAAAUCUCUCACCUCCUCCAGUGUCGUGCAGGUAGGCCUUUACUUCCUUUUCGUCCACAGUUACUUUGUGCUCUAGAUGAUCCACACCCAUGCUCAUGGCGGUAUUUUCCGUGUCCACGAAUUCUCCCUGCCUCACCUGCAGGAACCACGUCGUCUUCCCCACUCCCGGGUCCCCCAGCAACACGAUCUUGUACUCCGAGUCAGCAGCCGUCGCCAUCUUUUGCCACCGCCCCGCACGAGCCACGCCCUUUCUAAACAUGUAGCUAUCGUCGACCCUUGACCCUCAAGCCCUGGACCCACGUGGCAGAAGUCUUUGCCACUGCAAGAUCUUUAACUAUGUAUAAACGACAAAGGUCGGAGGCUGCAGUUUCAACAGUGGGUGAAGACGCUAAAGGGGCGGCAGACGAUCUGCAUAUUGACCCGUCGACAGAGAUACGUGUGUCGGAGGACGAGGAGAACCUCUCUGGAGAGGACAGCGAGUUCUCAGAGCUCUCCAGUGAGCUGGACACUGAACCAGAGGAUCUGGACCCUGAGGAUGAAGGAGAGAGUGGGGAAGAGGUAGGGAGUGGGGAAGAAGAUGAAGAUGAGAGCGAGCGGUUUGCCAAGUCAUGGCUGGAAGCAGAGGAGACAGACACCUCUGAUGAAGAGGAGGUGAGGAACACUGUCGGGAACAUUCCUCUGGAGUGGUACGACGACUACCCCCACCUCGGAUACGAUCUGGACGGAAAGACCAUCUCAAAACCAGCACGAAGAGACGAGCUGGAGGAGUACCUGGCGAGGAUGGAGGACCCAGCCUACUGGAGGACUGUAAGAGACAAGACCACAGGGAGAGAGGUGGUCCUGACUCAGCAGCAGAUGGAACUUGUCCAGCGACUGCAGAGCUCACACUUUCCCGAGGAGGGGUAUGACCAGUACGAACCAUAUGUAGACUUCUUCAGUGGAGAGAAGAUGAUACAUCCUCUCAACGACACAGUCAAGCCAAAGAGCAGCUUCAUUCCAUCUCGCUGGGAGGCAAAGCAGGUGUCGCGACUGGUGCAUGCCAUCAAGAUGGGCUGGUUGAAACCACGAACCAAGUCAGACAGACCAAAGUUCUACAUGUUAUGGGGAGAAGGUGACAAGGCAGAAGUGGGUGCGCGACAUCGCAUGCACAUCCCUGCACCAAAACCACCUCUGCCAGGUCACAGCGAGUCGUACAACCCUCCCCCGGAGUACCUGCCUACUCCGAGUGAGGUGAAGCAGUGGGAAGAGGAGGAGGAGGGAGAGAGAGCAAGUUUCCUGCCUCACAAAUAUUGCAGUCUGAGAGAGGUGCCUGGCUACCAGCGGUUCAUUCAGGAGAGGUUCGAGCGAUGUCUGGACCUCUAUCUCUGCCCUCGACAACGGAAGAUGAGGGUCCAGGUGGACCCCGAUGACCUCAUUCCUAAACUGCCGAAACCUCGUGACCUCCGCCCGUUCCCUACAAAUGAAACCAUCGUGUACGAGGGUCACAGUGGUAUGGUGAGGUGUGUGGAUAUAGAGCCACUGGGACAAUGGGUGGCCUCAGGUUCAGAGGAUGGCAGUGUUCGUGUGUGGGAGAUUUUGACCGGGAGAUGUGUGAAGACGCUCUCACUACCCUCACCCCCUCACUCCCUCUCCUUCUCCCCCUCCCCCUCCUUCACUCUCCUGGCCGUCGCUGCAGGAGGUGUGGUGUAUAUCAUGAACCAUGGUAUGGGAGAUCGACUACUGGUGACCUCAACUGACUCCAGAAUGUCUGCUACCGAAACCACACCCACUGCUGCCGAGGCCACACCCACCACUACUACUUGGGAGGAAUGUACAGCAGCCGAGAAAAAGUUGGGGUUCAGACUCCGUAUCCAGCACGACAUGCCAGUGAAAGAAGUGGUGUGGCAUUGCAAGGGAGACUAUCUGGCUGCUUUAGUAGCGGAAGGUAAGUCUGUUUCUCUUUCUUCCUCUAUCCACCUAUUUAUCUUUUCUCGCUGAUGUUAAUCCCCAGAGAGCAAUACUGGAGUUGUCAUCCACCAGGUCUCCAAGAGGAGGUCCCAGAAACCAUUUAGGAGUGUUAAGGGAGUGGUUCAGAGGAUCAAGUUCCACCCAACCAGACCCCUCUUCUUCAUCGCGACACAGACAAUGGUGAAGGUGUAUGACCUGGCAAAACAGGAGCUGGUCAAGAAGCUGCAGGCUGGAGUUAAGUGGAUCUCUAGUAUUGACAUUCACCCUGGAGGUGACAACCUAAUUCUGGGAGGAUACGACAAGAGAGUGUGUUGGUUUGAUCUGGACUUGUCCAGUAAACCAUAUCGUGUCAUCAGGCAGCACAAGCAGGCAGUGAGAGGAGUUUGCUACCAUCCUCGCUACCCCCUAUUUGCCUCCUGCAGUGAUGAUGGCUGCAUCACCAUCUGCCACGGAAUGGUCUAUGAUGACCUAAUGGAGAACCCUCUAAUUGUGCCGGUGAAAGUUCUGAGAGGCCACAAGCCUGUAAAUUCAUUGGGAGUGUUAGAGGUGGUUUUUCAUCCUCAUCAGCCAUGGCUUAUUAGUGCAGGGGCUGACUCAACACUGAGACUGUAUUCAUAGUGUACAUAAGUUAUCUCUCACUCUGGCAGACCACUAUUUCAAUUUGCACAAACCAUACUAAAAAAAUACACACUAAAAGUGAGACACUAACACUUACAUGAGGAGGGGUUUGAAGUAUUGUUGCUAUCAGAAAUGUUCACUAUGUCGUCUGAGCCCUGGGCUGCUGGUCUUCGCAGCUCUGACUGGAGUGAAUCUGGCCUGUGGAGAGCGUGCGCCAGCUUCGAGAAGGCCUCUCCAAUCCCUUCGUUGGUCUUGCACGACGUCUUGUAGUGAAGUUCAAAUUUGUGGGCUGUGGCAAAGGAGUGUGCGGUGUUUUCAUCAAUCUCUCCCAGAGACUCCUGGUCUGACUUGUUCCCCACCAGCAUGCGAGUGGCGUUGGGCGCAAAGCUCUCAGUGUCUCUGAUCCACUGGGCCAGGUAGUGGAGAGACGAGGCCUCAGACAUGCUGUACACAAACACAGCUGCAUGGGCGUUGCGAUAGUAGUUCCGUGUCAGAGUCCGGAACCGUUCCACGCCAGCUGUGUCCCAGAUACUCAGCAUGACAGUCUCCCCGUCCACCUUGACGACCUUGGUGCAGCUGUCGAUGCCCGUGGUCGCCGUCUGGUACUCGUCGAACGUGUUGUCCUUGAGUCGGCGGAACAGCGAAGUCUUCCCGACCCCCAACUCGCCGAGCAGCACAACUUUAUACGUC